GCCCCGCUCCCGCUGGGCGCUAGCCACACCAGACCUUUCCCCUGUGCUUCCGUCUCUCUACCGGCUUCUCUCUCCUCGCUGAACCCCCACGAGCACCAUGGCGCUCGCGUCCGGCACGUCGUCCCAUCCUCUCCUCGGCCGCCCCACCGGUACCGCCGUCUCCUCCUCCUCCGCCUUCUCGGUCCGGUUCCCCCGCGGCCGCAGGGCCGUCUCCCUCCGCAGCGGUUCCGCACCUCCAGCUGCAGCAGCAACAUCUGGUAGCAUUGCUCCGGCUAUUUCAUUGACUGAGAAGGCCUUCAAACAUCUGGAUAAAAUGAGGGCUGAACGGAAUGAGGAUCUCUGCUUAAGAAUUGGAGUGAGACAGGGAGGAUGCUCAGGCAUGUCCUACACCAUGGAGUUUGAAAAUCGUGCAAAUGCCAGCCCUGACGAUUCAGUUAUAGAAUAUAAUGGUUUUGCAAUAGUCUGUGAUCCAAAGAGCCUUCUCUUCAUGUUUGGAAUGGAGCUGGACUACAGCGACGCUCUCAUCGGCGGCGGCUUUGCCUUCCAGAAUCCAAAUGCAACAAAAACCUGUGGGUGUGGCAAAUCUUUCGCCACCGGAAAAGAAACGGAGAACACAGCAACUGCCUGCAACAACUAAAGAAGUAUAGUAUUAGUUCCGUCAAAACGGGAUGUAGCUGCCUUAUAGCUUGCUUCUGUUGGUAAAAUGAGUGUGAUGGAUAUACCACUGAUGCAUUCUGAAGAAUGACACGAUUUGUACUGGCACGGCCUGGUGUGUAUCCAGUGGGACUUGUUACUGCUGUAAGCCUGUAACCUUAAUACUAAGUAUAAUUCAAAGAUAGUUACAGUCUUGUUUAA